AUCUUAUAAUUAAUAUCAAUCAUGUCUAUAUCUAUAUAAUUAAUAUAAAUAAAAUAUAAAUGCCUUGAAUGUGUUGAUAUAAAUUUGGUAAGGAGUGCUUGCAAAUCUAUGAAAAUAUGUUGAAAAUGGCUUAUGUUUAAUCAAUCCCCUAAAAUAUGAAAUGAUCACCAAAAUAUAGUCAUGAUCUUCAAAAAAUACAACUGCUAAUCUAGCCUAACCUUUUGGUUUGUAAUUGUACUUUAUUAGUGAUCAUUUUCAUAUUUUCCUAAAAAAUCAACUUGUUCAUUAGUUUAUCUAGAUGAUGAAAAUGGAAAUGCAAAUGGAAGUUUAGACAAGUUGAUUUUUUCAUGAAUUUUGCAGACAAUGUGAAAAUUUCACAAAAUACAAAUAAAGUUAUGUGGAAUGAGGAGUUACUUACCAUAUGCACUUGAUAUACAAAUCGGGGUUGAUGAAAAUACACUAUUGUCAAAUUUAGUUUAAAGUUUAGAGAAUCAUGGUAAUGAAGGUAUGUUAUUUGUUUCAUCCCAGUGGAAAAGUGGUGUAAAACUGGCAAAUCAAUACUCCUGUACUUUGAGCUGAUUUUUUACUCAGUGGGAAGUUUGAUCUUUAAACAUAACUCUAAGAUUUUCAAAUGAUAUAGGUAUAUCAAUUGUCUUCACAUAUUAACAAUGGUGCAUCUUUAUCACCAAUGUGGCUGAUUAGCAUAUCUUGUAAUUUGAUUAACAUGUGUUUGGUAAAACAAAUUCAUUAUUAUCACACCCAUUCAUAAUAUAAUAAUUUCUAAGAUUUUAUAAGCUUGAUUUUAUCUAUACAAUAAAUACAUAAAUAAUGACUGGGACAAAAGUUUGUAGUGAUUUACCUAAAACGAUGAGAUAACGGAAGAAUUAACUUAGUACAUUUGACGAAAAGUCGCAUUCGAGUCGGAGCGUCUUGGUAGGGGGCCGCAGGGCGCAGCCGGCGGUCGCCGAUUAGCGGCUUCAGUAGUAAAGAGUGAGUCGCGUGUAGAGGCGCGCGCGCACGACCCGAGCCGCUCGACACGACCCGCCCGCGCGAGUGAUGUCACCAGGUGGCCAGUGACCAGUGUGCAGUGCUUGUGUACUAUGGUAGCGAUGGUGGCGUCCGCCUCCGGAUACGGCACCCUCCGCCGCUUUAUGAGCGCGCCGGAGGGUCAGCCCGGCGCGGAGGACUCCGCGGCCUCUCCCACAGCCUCCGUCUCAGUCUCGUCGAAGCAGCGGGCAUCGAUCAAAUGGCUGCUAUCGAAGGCCUUCAACAAUCGGGUCCCCGAGAACCUUCUGGAGCCUUUCUACAGGGAUCAUGAGGAUCAGGAGCAUCUGAAGCCGCCCAUCGUGGGCGGUCUGGCGAACGCGGAGUUGUACUGCCUCGCGCUGGCGAACAUGUACUCGGACCCCAACUACCACAGCCUCAACCAUUGGAACAUCCUGCAGACGCUCGCGCGCAAGGGCGUGCACGUGCCCGACCCGCCCGACUGCGCGCUCACCGAGACCGUGCUCAUACAGACCAACCCGCUCAAGAUUAGUGCACACAUGACGGUGAUAGAAGCAAUAAUGGUGUUGUACGCGCGCGAAGUGGUGACGCUGGACCGAGUAUCUGCGGCGGCGCAGAGGUUCGGCACUAGUCAGCCGCUGCCCGCUGGGUCGAGUAUACCGCACGAGGAUGGCCUGCUGUGCUGGAUCAACGCAGCUUGCGCGGCGUUCAACAAGGCUGAGGAGGAGCCGGCGCGUCACGUGGCGCCGGUGGGCAGCGUGCAGGACGUAUGCGAGGGCACGGCGCUAGCGGCGCUGGUAUCGUUCUACUGCCCGGAGGCGGUGCCGCGCGGGGCCGUGCGCGUGGGCCGCGUGGCCUCGCUGCAGGACUGCCUCCACAACCUGAUGCUGGUGCACCGCUUCUGCCGCACGGCGCUGCCGCAUGACGUGUUCCACAUGCUGCCCGAGGACGUGACCUACAUGAGGGGGUCCAUGAAGCAAAACUUAGUAGCGAUGCUAGCAGACCUAUUCAACUUGUUAGAAGUGCAUCCUGUUAAUGCUGUAAAGUUCCCUGGCCCUGUUCCGCGCGGGUAUAUCGGGUCUCCUGUGAGCACGGGUGGCAACGGAGGAGGCAGCGUUCGGGGGCUUCGGUCCGCGUGUUCUACGCCCGAGCGGCGCAGCGUGAGCCCCCCGCCCCACGACUGGGUGGUGCACCGCGGCCGCGCCCCCACCACCCUCGCCGCGCUCGCCCGUCACCAUGACAACGUGUCCGUAUCAUCGUCGGAGAGUGGCAUGGGGCCCGCAAUGGGCGGUCUAGCGGCGGGGCGGCCCACAACGCGGGAAAGAGAGAGGGAGAGGGAAGGCUCCUUUGCCGGCCGCCGCUCGCGCCGUUCCUCUAUCACCGAUGACAGUCAGCUCACCGUAGAAAACUUUGGCGGAUCACAAGACAGGCUGCAUUUCGCGGGAAGGAAUCCGGAGAAGGAGCUCGCUACCGUCACGCUGGCCAGGAAGAUAUCCGCACCCGCAGGUCCGGUGAACUACAGCAAUCCGCCUCUGCGUUCGUCGCGGCAAGACAUCCGCGGCUCCAUACAGUUCCUUCACGACGACUACCAGAACGGCGCCGACGAAAGGCCGAGGUCACGACAAAGCUCACAAGAGAACGACCUUUCAAUCAGGAGACAGAACUCACAAUCCGACUUCAGUCCGGUUAAAAGACAGAACUCUCAAAACGAUAGCGAUUUCCCAGUUCGGAGACAGAAUUCUCAACCAGAUGCAGUUAGCCUCAGCCAGUUGGGUUUCUCGCAUCGCGGCGGAGGAGAUAGUUUCGACCGAGACGCAACAGACGGCGACAACACGAAGACCAGCUUUGCGGACUUGAAUAAGAUCAGAAAUGGUGAACAGCAAGGUGUUUUGGGGCAGGAAGAACGAAGGAAGGCCACAUUCACGACACCCUCACCGAAUACGACCACGUGGCAGCAACAGUUCAUGCAGCACGACAACCAGACCAAUGGCAACGAAGCAAGCGACGACAAUGCAGGUACCGGCAGCGUCGCCAUGGCGGCUCAACUCAACAAUAUCCGCCUGAAGUUGGAAGAGAAGCGACGCCGCAUAGAGCACGAUAAGCAGAGAAUGGAACUAGCCGUCAGUAGGCAAAGGCAACAGUUGGGGCAGCAAGCCUUUCUGCAGGCCGUCACAAGGGGCAAGGGCGCGCGUACGCCUGCCGAAGAAGAUGCCCGCGCGGACUCCACGCAGGAUAUGUCGGAUGCGCCCAACCAGACAGUGGACACGGUAGCAUUGGAGCAGUACCAACAGUCAAUAGCCAAAAUGAACUGCAGCCUGCAGGAUAUCCAGAGCGACAUCGCGCGGCUGGCCAGCCAGCAGACGCAACUGCAGCAGCAGCAGCUACAGCAGCAGCAGUUGCAGCAGCAGCACGCGCUCCAGCAGCAGCAACAGCAGCUGCAGCAACAACUGCAGCAGCAGCAGGCGAAGCAGUUGUUCCAGCAGCCGCCACCGCCACAGUCUCCCUUCCAGCAUCAGUACCAACCUCACAUUCCACAAUUACACAGCCAAUUCAGCUCACAGCACAACCUGACGCGAGCCGCGCUCGCGGGCGGGUUCGGCUCCACGCCGCACCUGCCGCGCGACCUGCACUACCGCGACUACCGAGACUACCCCGAGCGGGAGCAGUCCCCGCCGCGACACUACCGCGACAUCGACGACCGCUUCUAUCUGCACGACUCGCCCGCGCCCGCGCCCGCGCCCGCGCCUCUACCGCGACGCACCUGGGCGCAGCACGCGCAGGACAACCGCGACCGGAGCGCGGGCUGGCAGCAGCAGCAACAACAACAGCCGCAACAGCAACAGAACCAAUUCACCGCGGGCAAUGUGGCGGAUCGCACGUGGAAGUCUCCAUCGCCGCAGCCGCCUGAUCGAUGGAACCCGCAAGGUUUCAUGCUGCACGACCGACCUUCACAACCUUUCCAAGUACAGUAUAGUGGCGAGAGGUAUCAGAACGGCGUGGAGGAGCACAACCACCUCAGCUACACCGUGCAGCCCCACGCACCGCCCACGCCCACUCCCACGCCCACCGCUACGCCCACGCAGCACCAGCGACGGAGUAAAACGCCGCUGAGACAGGGCAGUGAAGGGGGGCCGGGCCCGGGAGGGGGAGCGCCCGACGAUAUGGAGCCCCAGAACAUCUCCUUCAUCGGCAAUGCGGACGACGACGCCCUCAGACAGGGCAUCAACAGGCUGCACAUAUCGUCGGGCACUCGUACAUACCGCAUCCCGUCGCCCACUCGGCCGUCGCUCGGCCGGGCCUCCUUCACCCAGCCCGAAGAGGACAGCAAGCCCGAGAAGGGCUUCUACAUCUCCUUCGACAACGAACAGCCCAAGAGGCCGAAGCCCCCGCUCAGGGCAAAGCGAGGCUCGCCCAAGAAGGACAAGUCGGACUCGCAGAGCCCCGAACGGACGCCGGAGGAUACGUGGGACGAAAUGGAAGAGCGGAGACGGUAUCCGGAGACGCAGUCUGCGGCGCAUGCGGAGGCGAUGCGGGGCACGGACGCGGGGCGGGUGCCCGGCGACGUGAGCGCCGCUCGCGAGCCGGCCGCGCGAGACUAUGCGCGCGCCCACUCCCCGCCCGCCGCGAUCGUGAUCGCCGACCCCGACCCCGACCCGAAUUCGGCGGAGGAGAUGGAACGCAAGAAGGAGCGCAUCAUGCUACUGUCGCUGCAGCGACGGCAGCGAGCCGAGGAGGCCCGAGUGAGGUCCGAGCAGGCGGCCAACGAGCGCCGCGCCCGCGAGCAGGCCGCCGCCGAGCUGCGCGCGCGCCGCCGCUCCGAGCAGGCGCGCCGCCGGGACCUCAUCCUGCACCAGUACAAGCUCAAGAAGGCGGCGGAGGAGGCCGAGCGGGAGGGUAAAGUGUUAGACAAGAGUGAGUUCGCCGAGUCCCUCCGCAGUGGGGGAACAGGCAGCCCCGCGGGUGGGGGAGGGGGAGGGGGAGGCGCGAGACUGAGAGGGAAAGCGGCCCCCCCGAGGGCCAGACCGAAGACGAUCCAUGUCGAUUCCACCGCGCUGCACGCCGCUGCCACGCUGCCUGCGGGUGCUGGUGCGACCGCGGGCGCGGGGUCGGGCGCGACGAUGCGGCGCGACUACUACCGCGGCUCGCAGGACAGCCUGGCCGAUCGUGCCGCUCUAUACCGCGUGACACCGGCAGAGUCUCCAGUGGAAGACCGGGGAGGGAUGUCGCCGGGCAGCGCCAGUAGUGGACCGCUUGCUAGGCGGGGCUCCUGCAAGACCUCCAGAGAGCGUGUGAAUGAGGAACCUCAGGCUCCACGUGGAAGGUCUAAAUAUUCCACUUACCAGAAUAACUUUAAGGCCGGGAGGAAGUCUAGCUCUCUUAUGAACUUGUGCGACUCGGGGCUGGGGCGCGCCACCCCGCCGCGGCGCGCCGCCUCGCCCGGCCUGCGGGGCCAGUCGGGGCCCGGCUCCCUGCCCGGCGCCAUCGGGAAGCGGCGCCAGCACGACGACUGCUCCGACGUGUCCUCCACGCACUCCUCCAUCAUGGACUACUCCGGACCCCGUCUAUACAAGCAGCCGACGACAAAAUCUAAUCGCGGCAUAAUGUUGAACGCGGUGGAGUACUGCGUGUUCCCGGGCGCGGUGAACGCGGAGGCGAAGCGAAGAGUGCUGGAGGAGAUCGCGCGCAGCGAGAGCAAACACUUCCUAGUGUUGUUCCGCGACGCCGGCUGCCAGUUCCGAGCGCUGUACUCCUACUGUCCCGACUCCGACCAGGUCGCCAAGCUCUACGGCACCGGCCCUAAGAAUGUCAACGACAGAAUGUUCGAUAAGUUCUUCAAGUACAAUUCGGGCAGCAAGUGUUUCUCCCAGGUGCACACGAAGCACUUGACUGUCACGAUAGACGCGUUCACGAUACACAAUUCGCUGUGGCAGGGCAAGAAGGUGCAGCUGCCGAGCAAGAAGGACAUGGCGCUUGUCAUCUAACGCGUCCGCUCGACGCUACGUCGCUCGCGCUCGCCGCACGCGCCGGGCAAACGCAACCUUCGCGCGUUAGCGAUAAGGAUCGUUAUCGCGCAACAAACUAUUUUAAUUUCUGUCCCUCUCUAGUUUUAUACUCGUUGCGCUCGGAGUCGCAGCGAGCGCGGGCGCGUAGCUCCCCCCAACCCACGUUAUCUAGUCGCCGGCAGUCGAGUCAAGCCUUUAUCUUCGGCUAAACGCUACGGUAGGGCAAUAGUGCCAGUGUCCAUUAUCGUUGUAUUUAAAACUCGGUCAGUGCAUUUCACGACGAGAGCUGUGUUACGUUUAAUUGUGUCGUUCGCUUGUGUGAGGUGAUAGAGCGCCCCGCCUCAUCUAAAGUCAUAAAUCAAUUAGUAGGCGUCGGGGGCGCCCGCGGUCGAUCGGUGCCUGUGUCAUAAUGUACAGUUAGGAUGCUAUAGGUUGAUGGUCGUAAGCUCGAUUCGGGUCGAGCGUUUUAUUUGCUGAAGCUUCGAUCUGUUCCGUUAGGUUCGCCCGCGAGCAGUGUUGUCUGGGCUCGAGCGAUCGGUCGCUCGCGCGCGAGUUAUCGCUGCGUCGGUUCGAUAUUCGAAUGGUGUUACUCAGUGUAUAAACGCGAUGUUUGCCAUAAUGUAUUAGUGAGAUGGUCGAUACGUUCCAAAUUGCUGAAAAUGUCUCAAAUGUAACAGCCAAACUGUCGGAUGUAUGUUCGUGUUAGGUACGUUUUUAAAUUUAGUAAUCUGUCCCUCACGUUAUAAAUUAACAUGUUCACAAACUAAUAUCGCUUAUUUGUUAAUGUUAACUCGUUAGUGAUUAUUUCAAUUUGACUGGAGUAAUAUUAAGGUGAUUACGUAUUCGUUUAACUGACCUUCAUUCAUUUAACGUUUUUUUACUGCUUGUAUAGCUUAAAAUAAGACAAGGCACAUUUUACGUGGUAAUUGUACUGCCUUAUCCUGUAAAUAAUUGUUUUUGUAUACAGCUAUUUAUUAAAAGAAUGUUAAACGAGAAUUGAUGAAUAUCAUUUUUUCAUUGUUUAAUGAUUGGUCAUCAAUAAUAAAAUAUACUACCGAUAGUAUAUGGUAUGCAAAUAUAUUGUAUUAUUAAAAAGCAUA